GUUAGAAAACUAGGUUUGAUUGGGUAUAUAUAGAUAUAUAUAUAUAUACCAAUGUAUAGUCAGCUGAAGUGGCAGAUGCUUAGCUUCUUCACUUAAUCGAUUGUCUUGGGUUCGAGUCAUGGAAAUUGAGUAAUUGAUACUGGGGAGGACUUUGUUGUGUCUGAGAUCUCGUUUUCUCGAAUAGGACUAUCUACUUAUUGUUCCACCAAAAGAAAAGAAUCAAGUAUAAGCAGGGAUGAUCACAGGAAGAGACGAAAGGGGGAGUUGGGACCAAAAGAUAAGCAAUAUAAGUUCAGAUUUAAUGAUAUGAAAAACCAAGAAGUGGGGAAUCAAACCAUAGUCCCAUGGUGAGGUAGGAAAGUGUGUAAUGCUUGUUAGAAUUUUGUAUUCUAAAAAAUGUCGUCCAAUAUGUUACAUCAGAAAUUAGUCUGAGUGUAUUGUAAAUUACCGCGUAACUGUCUUGUGACCAACUGCAUUGGCGGUUAUUGAGACAGUUUGUUCUCUGAUGGUGAGAACAUAUAUAAAGCAUCUUUUGGUUCCCAAUUCUGAUCAUCAGAAACACUUUGGUUCCAUCUCGGUUGGUGGUUCAAGAAUUGAAAAAUUCCAAAUUGAAUCAAGGAUUCUCAAUUAAACAAGGCUAUGGCUGGAGAAAUGGUGGAAUUGUUGUUGAUUAAUGGGGGUACUGGGAAAAUGCGGCGUGCUGAGGUGACAGUUGAGGAACUGCUGGUGGACAGAGCAGUCAAGGAAGAAUGCACAUAUGAGAAUCUUCCCAAAAGGCUGCAAGCAACUGUGUCUUCCAAAGAUGAAUGGCACAAAAGGAUAGUUCAGCACUGCAUAAAGAAGAGACUUCAAUGGAGUAGUUGUUAUGCCCGGAAAGUCAGUAAAGAAAAUGAAUAUUAUGACGAAAUGAUACCGUACUUGCGAAAGCAUCUUGCUCUAUUUCCAUAUCACUUGUCAGAGUACGUGUGUCGUGUAAUGAGAGUAUCAGCUUUCAGAUAUUACUGUGAUAUGCUUUUUGAAGUAAUGAAAAAUGAGCAACCUUAUGACAGCAUCCCAAAUUUUAGUGCCGCAGAUGCUUUAAGACUUACAGGAAUUGGGAGAAAUGAAUUUAUUGAUAUAAUGAACAAGUGCAGAUCUAAGAAAAUCAUGUGGAAAAUAAACAAGUCAAUAGCAAGAGAACAUUUGCCUACUCAACCUGUGGAUUUUCCAAUUGAACCAUGGUGGGGAGUUUGCCUUGUCAACUUUACAUUGGAUGAAUUUAAGAAACUCUCCGAAGAUGAAAUGGCCACAAUAGACAAAGUCUGCAAGGAAGAGGCAAAUUCAUUUGUCAUGUUUGAUGCUGCUGUUGUAAGGGGUCUUAGCAAACGAGGACUGGUCUACUUUGACAUUCCUGUCUAUCCUGAUGACCGACUCAAAGUUUCCAGGCUUGAAGGUUUUGUUUCUAACAGGGAGCAGUCUUUUGAAGAUCCUAUUGAAGAUUUGGUGUAUGCAGUUUUUGUUGUUUCAAAUGAAAAUGCAACUGUUAGUGAGUUGGCAACAACGCUACAGGCUGAUUUGUCACAUCUGCAGGCAGCUGCUGCUUUUAUGUGUAGAUUGGGAUGGGCAACAAAAGCAAUGGAUCCUCAACCUGUUGUUCUAGAUACAAGUAUACCUGGUUCUCCUAAGAGUGUAAGUGGUGAUGAAGAUGCCUUUAGUGCUUGUUUGGGUUCAGAGAAUCAGCUUGUUGAUGGUGAAUCCAUUCAAGGGGAUACUCCACGUUCAAAGAACCAUGGCCAUCGUUCUUCUUAUACUCGUGUUGCUUUCAUGGUUGAUGCCAAUAUUACUUCAUAUCUUAUGAUGGGUUCUGUUUCACCAGGUCUGAAAUCUCAUGCAGUAACACUAUAUGAAGCGGGGAAGUUGGGUCAUGCCAGCAUUGAUGAUCUUUGCAAGGAUCUUAGUACUAUAGAGGGUGUAACAUUUGAGGGAGAACUACAGGAAUUCGCAGAUCAUGCAUCUAGUCUGCGUUGUGUAUUAGAAUGUCUACAAUCAGGGGGAGUACUAACUACUGUAGCUAAAGAAGAGGAGGAAAUUGAUUCAAGCAAUGAUGAAGCUAAAGAGGAGGAAGGAAAUGGUAAGACGAGUGCGGUUACUUCAAGCAAUGAUGAAGCUAAAGAGGAGGAAGGAAAUGGUAAGACGAGUGUGGUUACUUCAAGCAAUGAUAAAGCUAAAGAGGAGGAAGGAAUUGGUAAGACGAGUGCAGUUACUUCAAGCAAUGAUGAAGCUGAAGAGGAGGAAGGAAUUGGUAAGACGAGGGAAGUUACUUCAAGCAAUGAUGAAGCUGAAGAGGAGGAAGGAAUUGGUAAGACGAGGGAAGUUACUUCAAGCAAUGAUGAAGCGGAAGAAGAGGAAGGAAUUGGUAAUAUGAAUAUGGUUACUUCAAGCAAUGAUGAAGCUAAAGAGGAUGAAGGAAUUGGUAACAUGAGUAUGGUUACUUCAAGUAAUGAUGAGUCAAGUUCUGUGAUCACAGCAGUAUCUUCUGCAGAAAAGUCAGAAAACUCUCGUAUUUCAGAGGCUGAUAUAAACAAUGAUAAUUUAUUAGAUUCAGAAGAGCAUGAGGAGACUUCUAUUUCCUCUGAACCUGUUCCUAGUAGUAUGAAGGAUGAAACCCAUCAUAGUCCAUCGGAAGAUGACAGUGGUCACAUUCAUAAAGCUAGUAAGUCAGACACACAUAUCCCGGUUGUUGAGAAUCCAUUAAUACUUGGAAUAGAAAAGCUAAAAAAGAGAAAGAAAUAUCGUGUAGAUAUCCUCCGCUCUGAAAGUUUGGCUUCUCUUGCACCAGCAACUCUUAAUCGUCUAUUUAUUCAUGAUUAUGAUAUAGUUGUGUCCAUAGUGCCUCUUCCUAGUUCAUCAAUUCUUCCUAAACCCACAGGUCCAAUUCAUUUUGGUCCUCCUGCCUAUUCUUCUAUGACUCCAUGGAUGAAAUUGGUAUUAUACUCAACUAUAGCCCGUGGUCCUUUAUCAGUUGUUCUGAUGAAAGGACAGUGUCUGAGCCUACUUCCUGCUCCAUUGGCCGGUUGUGAGAAAGCCCUUAUAUGGUCUUGGGAUGGUUCAGCAAUAGGAGGGUUAGGAAAGAAAGUUGAAGGGAAUUUAGUAAAGGGUAGUAUACUCCUACAUUGUUUAAAUUCGCUUCUUAGAUAUUCGGCUGUGUUGGUGCUUCCUCUCAGUAGGGCUGAUCUUAGUAAAUCCGGAAAUGUAAUUACUUUGGAUAUUCCUUUGCCCUUAAAGAAUUCAGAUGGGACUGUUGCCUCUGUAGGAAAAGAGUUAGGACUGUCUGAAGAAGAAAAUUCUAAGUUGAAACCUCUCUUAACUGAGUUGGCAAAAACGGCAGAACUGUCAUCAGUUGGUUACAUUCGCCUGUUGAGAUUAUUUAGUGGACGAGAAUCAAAUAAACGCUCUUCUGGCACAUAUGAUUGGGUUCCAUUAAGUGUGGAAUUUGGGAUCCCGCUAUUUAGUCCAAAAUUGUGCAGUAACAUAUGCAAAAGGAUAGCUUCAUCGGGAUUGCUUCAGUGUGACUCAUUUAGUGAACACCAUGAUGCAAUGGUAAGCUUAAGGAAAAAGUUACGCGACGUUUGUGCCGACUAUCAAUCAACCGGUUCAGCCGCAAAGCUUCUUUACCAUAAAGAGCAACCCAGGGACUUCUCUGGACCAAUAACAAACUAUGCUAGCGGAAGAUGGAAUUCAUUUAGGGAUGCUGCUUCUCCCAUUUCAGGGACAUCAACUCCACAACAAAGGGUUAAACUUGCUAAUCGACAACGCUUCCAAACCGGAGUAUUGUGCUUCGAUGGCAGUAACAUCAGAUCAUAUGCAUUAGCUCCUGCUUAUGAAACUUCCACAAGAACUAUUGCAGAAAUGCAGCAUACAGAUACAACUAAUACUGAACUAGAAGAAAAUGAUAGCAAAGAAGCAACCCUCCCGGGCGUUAAUAUUAUUUUUGAUGGUUCCGAGUUGCAUCCAUUUGAGAUAGGUGCUUGCCUCCAAGCUCGCCAACCGGUUUCCUUAAUAAUAGAGGCUGCAACUGCUUCAGCAUCUGCAACAAUCAAAUAGUUACGAAGUCAUUCCUACACAUUACUCCUCUUUGAUACACAUGAAUGACAAUGCUGUGUGCCAUGUGCCAAUGUUAAUGCUACUUCCUGUUUCAUGGUUGAUGAUUGUGCACAAAGUUGGCCUCAAGUUUGAAGAUUUCUUCUAAAUCAGAAUAUUCAAACCAGUUGGAGAGAUGGAGCUCUGGAGACUAAUUAUUUAAUGGUCUUUAAACAAUGUAAAUACAUAUAUGACAUGAAUUUUCUUACUCAUGUCACAUAGUGCACUAUAUUGUAGGGAUUCUUAAUUAAAAUAA